CUCAGCGGCAUCGGCGUCCAGUGCGGCGCCCACCGCCUCUGGAGCCACAAGGCCUUCAAGGCGAAGCUGGGGCUGAGAAUCUUCCUCGCCGCCUGUCAGACGAUGGCCGGCCAGAAGAACAUCUACUACUGGGUGAGAGAUCACCGAGUCCACCACAAGUACUCCGACACUGACGCCGAUCCGCACAACUCGCAUCGAGGCUUCUGGUUCGCCCACAUGGGCUGGAUCUACCUCAAAAAGCACCCCCUGGUACUGGAAAAGGGCAACCAACUGGACAUGUCCGACAUCGAGGCCGACCCCGUGGUGAUGUUCCAGCAAAAGUACUACGUCCCCCUGCUGAUCCUCUUCUGGGGCGUCAUCCCCGCCGUCAUCCCGGUCAUCUUCUGGAACGAGUCCCUCCUCCUCUCCAUCCUCGGUUGCGUCUUCUUCCGCCACGUGUACAUGCUCAACGUCACGGGGCUGGUCAACAGCUACGCGCACAUGUUCGGCUACCGCCCCUACGACACGCGAAUACGCCCCGCAGAGUCCACCUACGUGCGCCACCUGAUGAUGGGCGAAGGCUUCCACAACUACCACCACACCUUUCCAUGGGACUACUCGGCGAGUGAACUAGGAUCGCUGGACGUCUUCAACCCGGCUACGGCGGCCAUUGACUUCUUCCAUGCGAUGGGCUGGGCGUACGACCUGCGAAAACCGACGCCCGCAAUGGUGGCCAAUCGCAUCAAGGGCCACGGCGACCAGGUGGAGGCGGAACUACAUCGAACCAGCUCU